AUGUCCCUGUACAAAAUUCUCACACUGCCGCUGCGCCGGCUCCGCCUGCCACCUCCAAACUCCUUCGAUGGCCAAACGGUUCUGAUCACCGGCGCGAAUACCGGCCUCGGUCGCGAAGCAGCCCGGCAGGCACUCCAACUCGGCGCUUCGACCGUCAUCAUGGGUGUCCGCACGCUGUCCAAAGGCGAAGCAGCCAAAGAAGACAUCCGCGAAUCGACCGGCGUCCGGCCCGAAGCCAUCGAGGUGUGGCAGUUGGAUAUGGAGUCCUUUGAAAGUGUCAAGAGCUUUGCUUCGAGGGCGGAAAGAUUCGUCAACGCCGGAGGAAGACUCGACGUGGCCAUCAUGAACGCCGGCGUGGCCACGGGGAAAUUUGUUCAGACGCCCGACGGCUGGGAACGAUCGCUGCAAGUCAAUUGCUUGUCCACCACGCUGUUGAGCCUGCGAUUGCUGCCACUGCUCCAGCAUCCAAAGCCGCCCAACAACUCCAACAAGUCGAAUUCGACGUCGGUGCCUCAUUUGGUCAUUGUGGCUAGUGAUAUACACGAGAUAGCCUCCUUCUCGGAGCGCACGGCGCCGAAUAUCCUGCAGGCUUUGAACGAUCAGAAGCAGUGGGAAAAAGGCCAGGCUCGGAACCCGGCUGAAAGAUAUGCCCUCACCAAGCUACUCGACCACUUCAUCGCCAUCGAGCUGGCGGACAUGGUCACGGCUUCCAGCAAGGGUGCGAUGCCUUCUGUCAUUGUCAACAGCUUGACGCCGGGAUUCUGCAAGUCUGAUCUCAUGUCGCCGUCUCGGGGAGAGAAGGCACCCCUGCCAUUGAGAGUCAUGCAGUGGUUGGUGGCGCGAGAUGUCACCGAGGGCGCCAAAACGUAUGUCGAUGCUGCUGUGCAAGGGGUGAGCUCGCAUGGCAAAUGGCUCGAGAAUCAAGUCGUCGCAGACCCGGGUAAUAUCGUAACUGGCCAAGAUGCCGUCAGGGCCAGGCAGCAGAUUUGGAAGGAGAUGCUUGACGUAUUGAAGCAGGUCGAUGGAGGACUGAUGGUGUAG